CUGAAUAUUUUUUUCGUUCCCCGCCUUGGAAUCGGGCUAUGGGAAUUCCUUUGGGUCUCCAACGCGUCUCGGCGUCGUCGUCGCGCGCGUUCCAAAAGCCGUGGGCAGAGCUUGGAAGCCCGCAUGCCAAUUUCAACUAUAAAUCCAUGCAUUCGAUGCAUCCCGCGAGGCCACGCUCUCACCCCAACCGAAAUCGACCCAAAGCGGAAGGAACUACUCGCGAUCAUCGAUGGAGACGACAGUGGCGGCACCGGGCGCCUCCGCCAGCUGCGAGAGCGAGAUCACGCGACUGCCGGAGGACCUCCUGUUGGCGUCGCUCGCGCGCGCCGGGCCGGUGGCCGCCUGCCGCGCCGCCGCUGUCUGCCAAGCCUUCCACGCAGCGGCCGACACCGACGCGCUCUGGGCCUGCUUCCUGCCCCACGACCUCCCUCCGUUCGCUGACAAGGAGCUCUCCCCACCACCGCCGUCCAAGAAGGAGCUGUUCAUGCGGCUCUCCGACGGCCCCGUCCUCCUCGCCGACGGCCUCACGAUUCUCAGAAGCUGUUGAACUCCGACAUUACCGGUGGUUGGAAAUAGGUGCCAAGAUUGACAGCAUGAUGCUCUCCCAACACACAACAUAUGCUGCUUAUAUUGUGUACAAAGUAGAAGAGAAUAGGUGGCAUGAACGGUUUACUAGCAUUUUUGGGGCAUCAAAGUUUCCUAAAGAAAGACAUGAUGGUUGGAUGGAGGGGGAGAUGGGCGGGUUCCAUAAUGAUGAAGGUGAAGACGGUGAGGUUUCCAUCAGCUUUAGGACGUUGCCAUAUGCGAAGAUUGGUCUUGUUGCUCUGGGUAUUGAGAUUAGACCUAAGGGCCUCCUCUCCACAUCGAUCGCCGGCAAGCGUGUGGCUAUUUGGCCAGCCUUCCGCGCCCCAUGUCAUCUCCCAUUGCUUGCUGAUGGGGAGGUCCUUCAACCCCUGGCGUCCAUGAAGGCGUUGUUCUUGCGGCUCUUGGACGGCCCCGUCCUCCUAGCCGAUGGCCUCACGAGCUCGUGGCUUGACAAGGAGACCGGUGGCAUAUGCUACAUGUUGUCCGCGAGGAAGCUCAGCAUUGCGUGGGGUGAUAAUCCGACCUAUUGGCACUGGAUUCCUAUCACCGGCUUCAGAUUCUCAGAAGCGGCUGAACUCCAGAAGGCUAAGUGGUUGGAAAUACGUGGCAACAUUGACAGCAAGAUGCUCUCCCAACACACAACAUACAGUGCUUACAUUGUGUACAUGAUAUCUAUCGACUACUACGGGCUUCGAGCCUUAAAGACAUUCGUUAGCCUCGGAGGAAGGAAUAAGUCAACGGGCCACGUUUGUCUUGUUGAUGGCUAUAACUACUCGGAACAUUGGCAAGUGAUGCGAGAGUAUCUUCCUGAAGACACACACUUUCCUCAAGACAGAGGUGGUGGCGGGAUGAUGGAGGCGGAGCUAGGUGAGUUCCACAUUAGUGAAGGCGACAAUGGUGAGGUUUCCAUCAGUCUUAUGGAUACGUUCAGCUCUAAGUGUGGUCUUGUUGUCAUGGGCAUUGAGAUUAGACCCAAGAAACAAGGGGUUUGAUGAGAAGUAUCUUGUUUAUGCGGGUAAAUAAUGGAUUGAGAAAUCAACUCUGUAAAUUUUUUAUUAUUCGCAAGGGUGUGGUGUGGUGUGGUGUGGAGCUAGCUCAUCACAUGAUUGCCGAGGUUAAGAACUGUACCGGAAGUCUAGAACUAAGGUGUUUUCAUUAUUCUCGUGUACAUAUAUAUGUUUUGUCUCGCAGAAAAAAAAAACGAAUAUAUGGUCCAUAAG